AUGUGUCCCAGACCACCAAUUCCUUCAACAAUCCUCGAAACAUGCCUCUACGUCCGAUCUCUAUCGGCAUCUAAAGCCUUUUACGGUGAUCUUAUCGGCCUGGUUCCAGAUGUCAAGACGGAACGUCUCAUAUCAUAUCCCGUCGGGCCAACAUCUACCUUACUGCUCUUCAAGAUGGGAGAGACGACUGAAGACUGGCCCAGGACAAAUGCAAAUGCCAACAAAAGCGGGAAACCUAUCUGUAUCCCCGCCUCAGGUCCGACCAAAGAAGUUGAGAAGGCGGUACUGAGUGGGAAUGAAAGGCUGAACUUGCACUUUUGUUUUGGGACGGAGAAGAGGGAGGAUACGGAGGCCUGGGAGGCGUAUUUUGAGGAGAAGGGGGUUGAGGUCAUUGGCAGGAUGGAGUGGGAGAGGGGAGGCUACAGUGUGUAUGUCCGCGAUCCGGAUGGAGGUGUGGUGGAGUUCGGAAGCAGAGGGCUGUGGCCGCACUUCUGA